UUCUUCUAAUACCCUUCAUAAGUUUGCUACAAAAACUGAUUUCAUGCGAUAUUUUAUCAUACUAUCUCAUCUUUUCUUGUUUUAUCAUACUACUGGGUUCAUUUCCAAUUUGUAUGCUGAUCAAACAAUUUGCAGAAUAGCAUAGGUUUGAAGUUCCUAUGACACAAUCUGGUGGUGAAGUUGUUAAGGAGAUGGAUAAAGAAGAAAAUGAGAACCAUGCUGCUGAUGAUGUGCGCGAUGUAGAAAAUGGUGGUCGAUUGGAUGGGAAUGAUGAGGAAAUUGGAAGGUACUGGUCAGAGUUAUCUGAAAGGAACAGGGCAUAUGCAGAGCCACUUCUUGCAAAGAGGACUAACACUACCUCCCAGAUUGCUAUUGUUGGAUCCAACCUCUACCCUAUUGAAAGCCUUGACUAUGAGGUUUUUGAUAAUGACAUAUUUAACCAGGACUGGAGAUCCAGGAAGAAGGUUCAGAUAUUCCAGUAUGUGGUUCUUAAGUGGGCAUUAGCUCUCCUUAUUGGACUAGGAACCGGACUGGUUGGGUGGUUUAAUAACGUGUCGGUUGAGAACAUAGCUGGUUUUAAGCUGGUUUUGACAACCAAUCUCAUGUCUAAACAAAGAUACCUUGACGCUUUUCUAGCAUAUGCUGGUCUCAAUAUAGUUUUAGCAGCAGCUGCUUCAGCACUCUGUGCUUUCAUUGCUCCAGCAGCAGCAGGCUCUGGGAUUCCGGAGGUUAAAGCAUAUCUCAAUGGCAUCGACGCUCACACCAUUCUAGCUCCAAGAACCCUUUUUGUAAAGAUUGUUGGUUCCAUUCUUGGAGUUUCUGCUGGAUUUGUGGUGGGCAAAGAAGGACCUAUGGUUCAUACAGGUGCUUGUAUAGCUUCUUUGUUGGGGCAGGGUGGAUCUCGCAAGUAUCAUUUGACUUGGACUUGGCUUAGAUAUUUCAAAAAUGACCGAGACCGGCGAGACAUGAUUACGUGUGGUGCAGCUGCGGGUGUUGCUGCUGCCUUUCGUGCUCCAGUAGGUGGUGUCCUUUUUGCCCUUGAAGAGGCGGCUUCAUGGUGGAGGAGUGCUCUACUUUGGAGGACAUUUUUCACUACAGCAGUGGUUGCUAUUGUUUUAAGAUCUGCAAUUCAGAUUUGUUCCUCAGGGAAUUGUGGGCUAUUUGGGGAAGGUGGUCUUAUAUUGUAUGAUGUAAGUUCAGCCAAGGUAACAUAUAGCGGUGGUGAUAUAGUAGCAGUUAUAGUCUUGGGAACCAUUGCUGGUUUUCUUGGAAGCAUAUACAAUUUCCUCGUGGAUAAGGUCGUUCGCAUGUAUAGCAUCAUCAAUGAAAAAGGUGCAGCUUACAAAAUCUCUCUUGCUGUCACUGUUGCUAUUUUAACAUCAUGUUGUUAUUAUUUCCUACCAUGGAUUGCAAGUUGCACCCCAUGUCCUACUGAUAAGGGAGUGAUUUGUCCCUCUGUUGAUGAGUCAGGAGAAUACAAAAUGUUUCAAUGUCCACCAGACCACUACAAUGAUCUUGCUUCCCUCUUCUUAAAUACCAACGAUGAUGCGAUUCGUAAUCUUUUCAGUCCCAAGAUAACCAAAGAAUUUCAUAUUUCCAGUUUGUUUAUCUUCUUUGCUACUAUUUACUUUCUUGGGAUAAUCACAUAUGGUAUUGCUAUUCCAUCUGGGCUUUUCAUUCCCGUCAUACUUGCUGGGGCUGCCUACGGGCGUCUUAUCGGGAGGCUCUUUGAACCAAUCACGAAACUUGAAACCGGACUCUUUGCCCUCCUUGGAGCUGCCUCCUUGCUUGGUGGCACCAUGAGAAUGACAGUCUCACUUUGUGUUAUACUACUUGAGCUCACUAAUGAUCUCUUGUUACUUCCCCUUGUGAUGCUGGCCUUGUUAAUCUCGAAAACUGUGGCUGAUUGCUUCAACAAGGGCGUCUACGAUCAAAUUCUGAAGAUCAAAGGGCUUCCUUAUUUGGAGGCUCAUGCAGAACCUUACAUGAGGAAUAUUGUUGCACGUGAUGUUGUCUCGGGUCCAUUGAUGACCUUUUCUGGCAUUGAAAGGGUUGCAAAUAUAAUGCAUGUUUUGAACACUACAGGGCAUAACGGAUUUCCUGUCAUUGAUGAACCGCCUUUCUCAGAUUCACCAGAAUUGUUUGGGCUUGUACUGAGGUCUCAUUUACUAGUUUUGCUGAAGGCAAAGAACUUUACAAGAGACAGGGUGUUCGCGGAUCAGAGUAUCAUAGAUAAAGUUUCUGUAUUAGAUUUUGGGAAAGCAGGAUCAGGGAAGGGAAUCAAAUUAGAGGAUCUAGAUUUAGAAGAAGAAGAGUUGGAUAUGUAUGUUGAUCUCCAUCCAAUUACUAAUUCAUCCCCACACACUGUAGUUGAGACAAUGUCACUAGCCAAAGCUGCCAUUAUUUUCCGCCAACAAGGACUCAGGCACAUGUGUGUUGUUCCAAAGAGCCAAGGGAGACCUCCAGUUGUUGGGAUUCUAACACGCCAUGAUUUCAUGCCUGAGCAUGUUUUGGGGCUUUACCCUGAUAUUAAACAUCACAAAUGGCACUGAGGGAUCUCAAUGAAAAGAAAUUCUUUUUUCAGCAUUGAAGUGCUGCAUUCAUUUGCUGCAGCAGGUUUCAAAGUUUUAUAUACAGUUUUGAGUGCUAUAUUUUAUCACAGACUCUUCAAAAAGUGCUACUUGAGAUGCGGCUGCUGCAUAGUUUUGAUGGUUAUUUAGCAACUGUGUCAAUAUGUGGAUAGUUAAUCUCUGUCUCAGCAUGAAGUCAACCUUAUGCUUUCAGGUUGAUGGUUUUGAAACAGGGGUACCAGUCAACACUGAUUUGUGUUGGGGUACAAUGUUAAUAAAGAUCUGUUGUUUGACUUUUUGUGAUGAAUUUGUAAAAGUUGAUGAUCAUUGUUCUUUAUAUUUUAUUGUUAAUUAGGCAAAUAUGUUGCAUUA